GCGAGAUAAACAGUGCCCAGUUGGCACAAAUAAAAGCCAUAAAGAAGAAUUGAAUUGAAUUGACAAAUGACACUUCUGCAACGAUCAACUGUCAAAUAUUUAUUUUGACUGAUUUUGAAUUUUUGAGUUUUUCGGUUACAAAAAUGGAGAUAACUAGAAAGAACUUCAGCGAACAGUUAGAAAACAUAACCAAAAACUUGAAGCGAUCAUGUUUUGUAGGAUUUGAUGCCGAAUUCACCGCUAUAUUAUCAGGAGACUGCUUUAAACACAGAUUAUUUGACACAAACAAAGAAAGGUACGACCUAAUAAAGAAUGAAGUUAGCAAAAUGAUAAUGACUCAAGUGGGUUUGACGAUGUUCCAAUAUGACAGAGAACAAGACAGUUAUAUUGCAGUUGGCUACACAUUCCAUCUGUGUCCGCAAGUUGUUGCAGAUAUUGAUCAGUCUUUUAUUUUCCAAGCAUCUACUCUACAGUUUUUGUGUAGACACAAUUUUAAUUUUAAUAAGUUUACAUAUGAUGGGCUACCUUAUCUAAGUAAAGCGGAAGAGGCAUAUUUACAACAGCAACUGAAACACAAAACACUGCUCGGUAAUCUAAUACAAAAACUGACAAUUGAAGAUGAGAGAGAAUUACAGAAGUACUGCUCUGAGGUUUCUAAAUGGCUGAUAGAUAACGAUGAAGAAACAAUUUAUUUGGAUGUGCAGAAUCCUCUAAUGCGCUACAUAGUUCACAGUGAGAUACGAAACAGGUUCCCUGAUGUGCUUACCACUGAUAGCUUAGGUAAUAGUAAUAAGGUUCUUAUAUACAGAGAUAAAUAUGUAGAAGGCGCCAACAGUGCACCUACGGCCAUAUUGGAGGAGAACUUAAUGAGCUAUUUGUUAGGGUUUUCAAAAAUAAUCAAUUUGCUGGCGGCACAUCAAAAGCCUAUCAUCGGCCAUAACAAUUUUUUGGACCUUGUACUAUUACACAACCAGUUUAUAGGCCCAUUGCCAAAUAAAUAUUGUGUGUUUAAGAAAAAUAUCAACAAUUUAUUUCCAAUAAUUUUUGACACAAAGUACAUUUCAUUUGAAAUGGCAAAAAAGUUGAGUUAUGAUGAAGUAUGGAAAUCUAAUGCUCUGCAAGAUCUAUAUGAAUUUUUCUCUGAAGGCAAAUGUAGAAAGUUACAAAAAGGAGUUAAUUUCAUAAAGUUAAGCACUCCGUUUGACGUCAAACAGUCGUAUCACGAAGCUGGAUGGGAUUCAUAUUGCUCAGGGUACUGUUUCAUCCGGAUGGGCCACUGGGCGGCGUGCGAGAACAGGGGCAAGUACCGGCUGGUGGGGCCCAGCGAGAAGCUCGGCGCGCUGGCCCCCUACUGCAACAAGGUCAACGUCAUACGCGGCGCCGUGCCCUUUAUGAAUCUCGUGGACGUCGACCCGCCGCGACAUCGGCCCGAAUUGCUUCACAUAAAGUCUACGAAGGAACGAAUAAUUAACGUUGGGAAGGUGACGUCGGCGCUCGCAAGUUUCGGCUCCAUCGACGUCAAACCCUACGGGAAAAGAACGGCUCUCAUAGCGGCCAACUCACAACACACGGCUGAUAAGAUAUUGAAACAAUUCAAGAACGACGCAGAGUACCGGAUAGCCAAGUUUAACGUCAUCAGGCAUUCCCCGACAGGCAGAAUGGCAAUUUGGGGAGGUGCUUUAAUAACCGGCAGCCUGCUAUUAUAUUUACUUCAUAAAAGAGUUAAUAAAUAAUAUUACUUUUGGUGAAUAUAAUAAGUAUAGUAUCAAAGACGGGUAAUAAGCUAAUUGUGUUGAAAGACUGCUUUGUGUAUAGUAAAUUCCUUAAAUCAUAGUCUUAAUAAAGAUCGUUGAGAGAUAA